AUGCCUCAACGAUAUAUCUUGGAAGUUGAACCGUUUGAUGUUUGGGGUAUAGACUUCAUGGGACCGUUCCUAUCUUCUUAUGGGAACCAAUACAUCCGCGUGGCGGUCGAUUACGUCACCAAGUGGGUAGAAGCGAUGGCGAGAUCUCACUUCAUCAACCGUACCAUAGAAGUGCUUUUGAAGAAGUAUGGUGUGAGACAUAAGGUGGCUACCCCGUAUCACUCUCAGACGAGCGGGCAAGUUGAAGUCUCGAAUAGGGAGAUCAAGGCGAUACUUGAGAAGACGGUGUCAAGGUCAAGGAAAGAUUGGGCAUCCAAGCUCGAUGACGCUCUAUGGGCGUAUAGGACAGCCUUCAAGACACCCAUCGGUAUGUCUCCCUUUCAACUUGUCUAUGGGAAAGCUUGUCACUUGCCGGUUGAGCUUGAGUACAGGGCAUACUGGGCAAUUAAGAAGCUGAAUUACGACUGGAAAUACGCCACUGAGAAGCGAGUGUUGCAGCUUCACCAACUCGAUGAGAUUCGGUUGGACGCCUACGAGAAUGCCCGGAUUUACAAGGAGAGAACCAAGAGAUGGCAUGAUCGUCAGAUUUUGCAGAGGGAUUUUAGAGAAGGUGAUCAAGUACUUCUCUUUAACUCAAGGCUCAAACUAUUUCCAGGCAAGUUGAGAUCGCGUUGGUCGGGGCCUUUCACGAUUAAGCAUGUCUACCCUCAUGGAGCGAUAGAGUUAUAUGGCUAUGGAGGGGAUACAGAGGGCAGACUCACGAUGAAGAUUGGUGACGAGACGGUUGAGUUCAGACUUGAUCAGAACCUUAAGCAACCGCAUCUGGUGGAGUCUUCCUUUUACCUAGACUUGAUCGACACACUGGUCGACGAAGUGAGGGGUGAAUUCAGAGAGUCAGAACCCCUCGAGAUGGCAUUAAACGCGGUACAAGACAGCAUGGACGAGGAAAACGAAGAGGAGCCAUCACCUUCUCCGAGUCAUCAAGCCCUAGUCUCCUCCAUUCAAGUCAAGCAGCCCGAUGUGGAGACGAGCGGGAAGAAGGAUUGGAAUCCAGAGAGCGCGCCUAAGUUGAUUUAG